GCGUAUAUGUCUAAGAGUAAUAGUGAAAAUUUGUAUAUAUUUAUUUAGUGGGAAAAGGCGAGAGAGGAAAGAAAAACCCUAGUGAGGGAGUGAGAGGAUCAAGCGAUGACGAUCCAUUCGAUCGUAAUACAGAAGCUUCUGAGCACGAACGCUCAGGUGGGUAGGAGAGUGGCAGCCCACCACUUGAAGGAGUACACGUACGGAUUCCGCAACAAAAUGGCGAUAAUCGAUUCCGACAAGACCCUCAUUUGCAUGCGCAGUGCCUGCAACUUCAUGGCCUCCCUCGCCCGCCACAACGGCCGCUUCAUGUUCAUCAACACCAACCCUCUCUUCGACGACAUCUUCCACCUCAUGACCACCACCGUCGGCUCCUUCAGCCCCUCCACCAGCGCCCUCUGGCGCACCGGCGGCUUCCUCACCAACAGCUACAGCCCCAAGAAGUUCCGCUCCCGCCACAAGAAGCUCGUCUUCGGCCCCACCCAGCCUCCCGAUUGCAUCGUCAUCGUCGACACCCAGCGCAAGUCUUCCGUCAUCAACGAGGCUUUCAAGCUUCAAAUUCCCGUUGUCGCCUUGGUCGACACCGCCAUGCCUCUCCAUGUUUAUAACCGCAUUGCUUAUCCCGUUCCCGCCAAUGAUUCCGUUCAAUUUGUUUACUUGUUCUGUAAUUUGAUCACCAAGACACUGCUUCGCGAGAGGAGCAAGGCUGCUGCUGCUAAUCCUUCCAUUGAUGCUCGAGACGAAGCUCCGCUCAAGGCCAAGACCGAUUCUGCUAAUGUGUCCAUAACCGUAUUACCCUAUGCUAGUUUGGCUCCCUUACCUGAAGAUGUAGAAGAAACUAAGAAUCUUUUGGACAAACUAGUUGUUUUGAAGUUAAAUGCCGCCCAAGGAACAAAUAUAGGUUUUGAGGGUCCCAAAUCUGCAAUUGAUAUUAGUGAUGGACUGACAUUUAUGGACUUGAUCAUUAACCAGAUUGAGUCCCUCAACUCCAAGUAUGGAUGCAGGGUUCCGCUGCUUCUUUUCAACAAAGAUAACGUUCAUGAUAGUUCUCUAAAGGUUUUGGAAAAGUAUUCAAAAUCAAGCAUUGAAGUGCACACUUUUAAACAGGGUGAAGGUCCAGAAUUGAAAUUAUCGGGUGGACAAAACAGCAAGGGAGAAGUGCAUCCAUUUGAUGAUGUGUUCCGUUCACUAAUGGCUGGUGGAACCCUUGAUUCAUUAUUGGCCCAGGGUAAGGAGUAUAUCCUAGUGUUGAAGUCGGACAAUGUGGCAACAAUCAUAGAUCCAAACAUACUAAAUCAUUUGAUGAUAAAUGAUAUUGAAUAUUGCAUGGAGGUGACCCCAAGCCGAUCAUUUAAUUUAAUCUUAACCACAAUGAAGUUUAAGCUUCGGGAGAUUGCUCGAAACCAAGAUAAACAUUUGCAGGACAAUUUCAAACUUAUCGAUACAACAAACAUGUGGGCGAGUUUAAGAGCUAUCAAGAGAUAUGCCGACACUGAUGAAUCAAAGCACAAGAGGCACUCAGAUUUGAAGGACACAGCAGCUGGACCAGCUAUAGAGUUCUUUAAUAAUGUGAUUGGUGUCUCCGUGCCUGAAUCUCGCUUUCUUCCCCUUGAUGCAACAUCAGAUCUAUUGCUUCUUCAGUCAGAUCUAUACACUUGUAGAGAAGGUGUUUUAACUCGUAAUACAGCUAGAACUAACCCUUUAAAUCCUGUGAUAGACCUGGGACCUGAAUUUGAAAAGGUUGGUGACUUUCAAAGCCGUUUCAGAUCCAUUCCAAGCAUCGUUGAGCUGGAUAGUUUGAUGGUGAGAGGUGAUGUGUGGUUUGGAGCCAGUAUUACUUUAAAGGGGAAAGUGAUCAUUGCUGCAAAACCUGGCUUGAAAUUGGAAAUUCCGGAUGGGGUGACAAUUGAGAACAAGGAGAUCAACGACCCUGCAGAUAUCUGAGGAUGAAUGGUUUGUAGAAUUUGCUGGGAUUUGGUUCUAGUGAAUACAUGACUGGUGAACUUUGAUUUACAGUGCUAUACAAUUUAGUUUGUCGCAUUUGCAGCAAGCCAUCUUUUAGCCUUUCUAUUUGCUGGGAACUAAAAAGGUUGCAGAAGCACAUGGUUCCUAACACAUUUUUUCUUUGAAGUGGCAUGAUAGUGGUUAAAUAAUUCUCAACUCAAUACUCAUCUAUUCAUUCAUUUUGUAACUUUAGGGCAAGGCUUGAUAUGUCACAGCUCAGAACCCGAGGCAAGGAAUAGGAAUAGUUUCAGUCUUGCUUUGCCGGUCUUUUGCCUUGAUACUAUUAGAACCACACCAAUUGUUUACUGCUCCAAUAGUCCAAUGAGACGGAGCAUAAGGAGCAGAGAUUUUUGUCCUCCUAGUUAACUGAAGGCAUGUGUCAGACUUGUAUUGGCUACCCCAAGAGUUUACUGCUUUGUUCUUUUUCUUCUGUCUCUUAAAAAAAAUUCAAAUUAGAAUUGACCAAGAUUUUUCUAAUUUGAAAUCUUUCUUGUCAUUGACUUA